ACUUGUUGUGCGAGCCUGAGAUUCCUUGGGGGACACCAAGCAGGCCAAUUCCGGCGUUUGCUUUGGAGGGUCCCCCAAUGGACCAGGUGAGACCGUCACCAUCGAUGGUGCCCCCGAGGACAGUGAGGAAGCCGGAGAGAUCGGCUGACAUGCCGAAGACUGUGGAUGGAAUGUUCCCUUGAUGAAGUCUGCGUGAGAUCCAACUCCGUUAUGAGGAAGAUACCCGUGGUUUGCUUUUCGCUUGUCAGCCUACUAUCGUGACCUUUAGGAUCAGGGUGAUGUUACCCAUUGCGUUCAAACCUGGACAUGGUCCACGUUGGUCACCAGCAGCAAGGUUUGGUGCCACGAAAGCAUGCUCGCCAGUGGUAGAAACAUGCUGCAGUCUAUCGUUGAAGGUGGGAUUGAGAUCGGGUGCUUCUUGUCUGCCGACAAUACGACGGUCUGCUUUGGCUCUGGUUGCAGCUUCGAGUACACCUGGAAAGGCAGUAACUUCUGGGGCUAAGAUACUGAGGAGGGUUGCUCCUACGAAGGAAAGGUGACUUUGCUUCAUGUUGGAAAGUAUAUGCAAGAAAGAGUGAAACAGUGAGUACAAUCAAGCAGCGUCUGUGUGCGAUUCGCACAUUUCCUGCAGUCAGGAAGACGUCCAUCCGUUAAUGACAGUUGUGGCUCUUGAAACCGUUACCUGCACAGAUCUGCAAACAGCCAUCCGCAACCCUAAGUAAUUCCGAGAGUAAUCGUCCAUUCAUGAUUCAAGCAAUGUCAGCCACCCACGACGAGCUGCCAAUAUCGUCUUAGUUGUCGAUCAUUCAAUUCGGAGAUGCUGAUUAUUUCUGUGUUGGGAUCGCCGAGGCUGAUAUGCCUAGGCAUCACAGUAAGGUUAAAAGGGUAGCUUGGGACGGGCGCCACCGUCUAAACCUAGGCACGGCCAGUACCCCGCAGUCUCCUGGAAUUUGUAUUAUUUUGACGAGGUUUUAGAACGUCACCAAUGCUGAACAAUCUCCAUUUCCCCGCAUUUGUUUAAGCCUGCCCGAGGGACAAUAAUGCAGAUCAGCGCUUCUGGAUUUUCGAACUUGCUGACCAUGGGGGCUAAACGAAAAAACGCUUCUUCGAGCCUCGAGAACCGUCGGAUUCGGUAGUUGUAUGGUUUCUGGGCGGUCGACGACGUAGGUCUCGAAAGAUUUUCGUUCUGUUUGACACUCCUCCAUUGUACUACUGCACAACUUCCUUCUUCUGCAGGAACUUAUCGUAUACCGUAUUCGCACCGGCGUCUGAGAAUUGUGACGGACGUUAUCAAGAUUUUGAUAGAAACGGCUUGGAGAUAUGAGUUGUAGAGAGCCCAGCUCAAAACCAAAGCCAUGGUCAACGGGGCGCAUUUUGACGGAGGAGCAGAGGAGACGGAAGAGAGAAGUAAACCGACUGUCCCAGAGGAGGAGGAAGAACAAAAUAGCGCAACGAGUUGAACAUUUGGAAACACAACUGUCAAAUCUCCUUGACAGUUCUGCAUCACCGUCACCUACGAAUACGGUGUUUGAGAUAAUGAGCACUGCACCUACUCUAAAGGCUGAGCAAGUCUUGCGGAAUUCUGUCCCCAGUGUAUCGUGCCGUCAACAGAGCCCGCCACCACGUCACCAAAUUUCAGGCAGUUUGCACCCACCGAGUCCACUCUCACGCAUUCAACAGCUCCCGCCAUAUUACCAAAUGAAAAUACACGAUAACUACAUAGACUCCUGUCUCCACCUCACACUACCCGUCACCCCUCCAGUCGCAGCCGCAUUUGCCAAAUCCAGGACCUCAGCUCGAUCCGAGAUCAUCACAACGUUCUGUCAGCACUUGAAUAAGUCAAUCGCAGCUUUACCAAAUACCAUAAUAUGUUCCAACGAUUUGCAGAACCAGAAUAUGUUGGUUAGGGCGGUGCUGUAUGGAUGGAGUGUUACCGAGACUUUACCGCGACUUUGUCCGCUAUGGACGAUUUUGCAGCAUGUUGAUACGAGUCUGUUCAGGGAGACGCCGGCGAUUGAAAGAUUUGUUUUGUUGAGACAUAUUCAUAUGAUGAUGUUGUAUAAGACAGGUGCUCUUGGGCCGAAGCAGCUCCCUCUUUGGUACAGAUACAGGCCAGCGCAGCUCCUGUACGAACAUCAUCCAUCAAUCGAUUACCUUGGAUGGCCAGGUCUUCGAGAGCGCCUUGUUCUUUCCAGCGCAUUACGAAUGACCGACCAAUUCUGGGCAAUAUUCGGAUCCUGCUUCCGCUUCGAAUGGCCAUACACCAUCAACGCAUGUUACGAGACAGACGCUGCAACAGGCAUGCUUCGCUAUAGUCCUCUUUUCGACGUCGAGUCACUGAACAUUGACUCAUGUCGAAUGACUUCUCAAUUCUUCGAUGCAUUCCCGGAGAUGGCGGAUGACAUUCGGACUGCUUCGUCAGAGCCAUUGCAGAUUUUUGGGAUUGAUGAUCAUGAGAGUGUAGAUAAUAUGGGAUUUGGCGGGAUUUGCGGUCGAGUUAGUGAACAGACGCAGCUGGUAUCGCCCAACUGCUCGACAUUUGGUGCAGAUGCAAUGAGUCCUUUCGUGGUCGGUCCAACUUGAUUGGCCGAGGCGGAAAACUGAAGAGAGCAUUUAGAGUUGGAAAGGCUCAUAUCAGGAGAAUCAGACUCUCUCUGGCUUUCAAGACUUACAGACGGGAAACUGCACAUCGCAUAUACACUGACUGGCUUCAGGUCCAACAGUUUUAUCAGGCUCAAGGAGUCGGGUGACCAUUUCCCUUCCCCCCUUUUAUCUCUCGCUUAUCGCCCUCACGUAAAUAUCCAUGUAAAUAAAUGCUUGGACAGCUUUCUCUUCCAGAUUCUCGUCCACGUUCGAAAACAAGAUGUUCCAAUCAGAGGC